CCCCAACCAACAAAUCCAUUUUUGUCUACUGUACUUUCCUAGGCGAAACCAUGUCUGCACCGUCACCCUUAGUAAGAGAGAAACUACUCUGCCUCGUCCUCCUCUUAUUGGUCCUGUUUCCCAUUUCCAUUGCUUCUUCUUCUUCAUUCAGAGUUGCCUCUUCUCCUUCCCCUUCCAAUUAUGGUUUUCAACGAGAAGCAAUGGAGGCUCUCAUUCAAUGGAAGGCCAGCCUUCUUCGUCACCAUGUUCAUAACAAUUCCCUACUACUACUUCCUUCAUGGAUGAUGAAGGCAAACGGAAGCAUCAACGAUCCAUGCAAGUGGGAGGGCAUUACUUGCAAUGAGGCAGGAGGACUCAUCACCAUAAUAAACCUCUCGAGUAUGGAUUUACAAGGUACGCUUCAUGACUUCAACUUCUCAUCCUUCCCUAACCUCCUACGUCUUGAUCUCCAUCACAACUCACUUUUUGGACCCAUCCCACCGACCGUUUCCAAUCUUUCCCAACUCACCCACCUCAAUCUCUCCAUCAAUCACUUCUCUGGGAACAUCCCGUCUGAGAUUUCCCUAUUGAUGACUCUUAGUGAGCUUGACUUGCACUACAAUAAUCUCACCGGCUCAAUCCCUACAGCUAUAGGCAAUAUGAAGAACCUGACAAUUCUUCAUUUCGGUGAAAAUCAACUUUCUGGUCCCAUUCCUUUGGGAAUUGGUAACCUUCGUAGCCUCACUGUGCUGAAUGUGUCAAUGAAUUACUUCUUAAAUGGUUCUAUCCCUUCCACCAUUGGAAAUUUAAGCAAGCUGAAGUUCUUUCACCUUGAUAGAAAUUCACUCUCUGGUUCCAUUCCUGUGGAAAUCGGAUAUAUGACCAAUCUUUAUGAGCUAUUUUUCCGGAAUAACUUCCUGACAGGUUCUAUCCCUCCACAAAUUGGGAACUUGAGAUCUCUUAUUCGACUUGAUUUGGGCAACAAUAAUCUCAGUGGUUCAUUUCCAGCUUCUUUGCGAAAUUUGAGCAAGCUAAACAUCAUAUACAUCUUUGAUAAUUCACUCUCUGGUUCCAUUCCUAUAGAAAUUGGAAACAUAACCAAUCUUUAUGAGCUACAUUUGUCGAAUAACCUUCUGACAGGUUCUAUACCUCCAGAAAUUGGAAACUUGAGAUCUCUCACAUUACUUGGUUUGGCCAACAAUAGUCUCAAUGGUUCAAUUCCAGCUUCUUUGGGAAAAUUGAGCAAGCUGAAAUUCUUUUACCUUGAUAGAAAUUCACUCUCUGGUUCCAUUCCUAUGGAAAUCGGGAAUAUGACCAAUCUUUAUAAGUUAUUUUUCCGGAAUAACCUCCUGACAGGUUCUAUCCCUCCAGAAAUUGGAAACUUGAGAUCUCUUACUCUACUUGAUUUGAGCAACAAUAGUCUCAAUGGUUCAAUUCCAGCUUCUUUGGGAAAUUUGAGCAAGCUAAACAGCAUAUACAUCUUUGAUAAUUCACUCUGUGGUUCUAUUCCUAUAGAAAUUGGAAACUUAAGAUCUCUUACACUACUUGGUUUGGCCAACAAUAGUCUCAAUGGUUCAAUUCCAGCUUCUUUGGGAAAUUUGACCAAGCUGAAAUUCUUUUACCUUGGUGGAAAUUCACUCUCUGGUUCCAUUCCUGUGGAAAUCGGAUAUAUGACCAAUCUUUAUGAGCUAUUUUUCUGGAAUAACUUCCUGACAGGUUCUAUCCCUAUAGAAAUUGGGAACUUGAGAUCUCUUAUUCUACUUGGUUUGAGCAACAAUAGUCUCAAUGGUUCAAUUCCAACUUCUUUGGGAAAUUUGGGCAAGCUGAAAUUCUUUUACCUUGAUAGAAAUUCACUCUCUGGUUCCAUUCCUAUGGAAAUCGGGAAUAUGACCAAUCUUUAUGAGCUAGAUUUGUCGAAUAACCUUCUGACAGGUUCAAUACCUCCAGAAAUUGGAAACUUAAGAUCUCUUACACUACUUGGUUUGGCCAACAAUAGUCUCAAUGGUUCAAUUCCGUCUUCUUUGGGAAAUUUGACCAAUCUAGUUAAUAUCAUCCUCCAUCACAAUCAAUUGUCCGGUCAAGUACCACAAGAAAUCAGUAAUUUUACAAAAUUAGAGAAGUUGGACAUUGCAUAUAAUCAUUUUUAUGGGUAUUUACCACAACAUAUAUGCAAAGUUACAUCACUCAUACACUUUUCUGGAGCUUAUAACUAUUUCACAGGCCCAAUUCCCAAAAGUAUGAGAAAUUGCAGAAGCCUAACAAGACUCCGUCUUGACAAUAACGAUCUCACAGGGAACAUAUCAGAAGUCUUCGGUGUUUACCCGAAUUUAACUUAUAUCGAUUUGAGCCACAAUCAAUUGUAUGGUGAGGUUUCAAAGAAUUGGGCAAAGUGCCUAAAAUUAACAAGCCUAAAAAUCUCAGGAAACAAGAUUUCCGAUCGAAUACCACCUGAGCUUGGAAACUCAACUCAAUUGCAAGGGCUUGAGUUUUCUUCAAAUCUCUUGGUAGGCCAGAUUCCAAAAGAAAUGGGGAGGCUUAGCUCUUUACUGAUACUAAAGUUGAAUGAUAACCAACUCUCUGGCACCCUACCUGAGGAUGUGGGAUUGUUCUCUCAACUUCUACAGCUUGACCUCUCAAUGAACAAUCUAAAUGGAUCUCUUCCAAAUCAACUAGGGAAAUGCAGGAAUCUUAUUUACUUGAAUUUGAGCAAGAAUAAAUUCAGUGGAAGCAUUCCAGAUGAAAUUGGUAAUUUAGUUGCCUUACAGAUGCUACUGGACCUUAGUGGAAACUUGUUCACAGGAGAAAUCCCUCCACAGCUUGGAAGCUUGGAUAAGCUUACAAAUUUGAAUCUCUCUCAUAACAAGCUAUUCGGUUCCAUUCCAUCAACUUUCUCUGACAUGAUUAGUUUGAUAACCAUUGAUGUAUCUUACAAUGAGUUAGAGGGUCCUCUACCUAAUAAUCUAGCCUUUCAGAAUGCUACAAUAGAAGCUUUCAAUCAUAACAAAGGCUUGUGUGGCAAUGCUACAGGUUUGCAACUUUGCAUUUCUUCAUCAACUAGAAAGCAAACCCUAAAAGAAAACCACAAAUCCUUGAUUCUUAUCCUAUCUCUUGUAGCAGUAUUGCUUUUUCUCCUACUUGCAUUCCUUGGGACUUUUUUAUUUUUUCGCCAAAGAAUGAAAAGCAUAGAGGAGGAAACAAGUGCAAACCAACAACAUGGAUUAGAUGUGUUUACAAUAUGGAACUAUGAUGGGAGGAUAGCAUACCAAGACAUCAUUGAAGCAACUGAGCAUUUUGACCCCAAAUAUUGCAUCGGCAUGGGAAGACAUGGAAGUGUAUAUAAAGCAAAGUUGUCAUUAGGUCAAUUGGUAGCUGUUAAGAAGUUCACCUCUUCUUUAGAUGAAGAUGAGAUUUCUGGCCAAGAAACUUUCAGAAAUGAAAUUCGUAUGAUGACUGAAGUGAGGCAUCGAAACAUUGUGAAAUUUUAUGGUUUUUGUUCUCAUGUGCGGCACUCAUUUUUGGUUUAUGAAUAUGUGGAGAGAGGAAAUUUGGCUAAGAUCCUAAGCAUAGAAGAAGAAGCAGCAGAAUUGGAUUGGACUAAAAGGUUUAAUAUUGUUAAAGGUGUAGCUGAAGCUCUGUCUUACUUGCACCACGAUUGCUCACCCCCAAUAAUUCAUCGAGACAUAUCGAGCAAAAAUAUAUUGUUGGAUUCAGACUUUGAGCCUCAUGUCUCGGACUUUGGCAUUAGUAGACUUUCGAAAUCUGAUUCAUCCCAUUGGACAUCUCUUGCGGGAACAUAUGGAUAUUUUGCACCAAGCUUGCUUACACAAUGA